UCCUCAGAACUCACUUGAGAGUCGUGUUUAGAAGAUCAUAAGAGAAAAACUAUAUCUGCUGUGACUGAGAAUUUCUUUUUGCGAGAGAAUACGGAACAAUAACUGGAUAAAACAAUGGCACAAGCACUCGGCGAUAUGACACAACACAGCCUUUCCAACAUGUCAAAUGAUAUGCUCUGGUUAGAGAUGGACAAUCUCCUCUUCGAUAACUUCGACAACGCAGAUGAGAGUCUGGGACACCCUGGCUUCCCACUCAUGAUGCCCAGCGGUUUGAUCCCACGCCCAGAGACCUGCUCCCCAACGAGUACGGUCUCCAGCCUCUGCAGCAGUGAUGGGGGCAGCACCUGCAUGUCUCCCCCUCCCGUCUUCAACGAGCCAUACACCGAUCUCCUGGACCUAGACUUCAUCCUCAACAACAGCGCCUUCGGUCGUGACGAGGAGAUCAAAAUCAAAGAGGAGCCAAUGAGCCCUGCCGGGUCGAGCUGCUGCGGGUUGGAGUCACCCUCACCCCUCGGACUACCCGAGAUGGACAGUUUCUUGAACUUUCCCGAUAUCUCCCUUGAGCGGUUCACAACACCCGAUGUGAAACCGUUCUUGAUACAGAUCCAACAAAAUCAACAGAAGAGCACAUUGCAUCACUUAGCCACGCCACCCCUUCACCAUCACCAACAACAGAUGUCCCCUCCCUGCUCCCCACAGACGGUACCCGAGCUCCCCUCCUACACAGCUCAUCACCAGAUGCACGCCCGACAACACAUAAUGAUGAUGUCACUUCAGCAGCAACAGCACCAACAGCUCCUGACACCCCCUAGCACACCCCCAUCUUCACCACUGCUCGAUCUGCUCCGCAACACCCCAGCAGAUACCAACAUGCCACCCCCACAGACCCAAGGAGCACCCCAGAUCGUCCGCAAGAAGGGGCGCCGUGCCUGGGGCCGCAAGCGCACCACAACUCACACAUGUGCCCACCCAGGCUGCGGCAAGACCUACACCAAGAGCUCCCAUCUCAAAGCCCACAUGAGGACCCACACCGGUGAGAAGCCAUACCACUGUAACUGGAAGGGUUGCGGAUGGAAGUUCGCCCGUUCAGAUGAACUUACACGUCACUACCGUAAACACACUGGAGACAGACCGUUCCAGUGCCACCUCUGCGACCGUGCAUUCUCCCGCUCAGACCAUCUUUCCCUUCAUAUGAAACGUCAUAUGUGAACUAUAUCACCAUGAACAUUGACAUUUUUUAAAGCUAAAAAUGUACAUGCAAAAUCUUUGAUUCAAUAUCCCAUUGGAUAUCAGUCAUAUUAUUUGCUAUUUGUAUAUUUUUUGGGUAAGUUCUCGGGGGUCGAUUCUUUGAUUUGUAUUGAUAUCAUCGAAUUGGCUAAAACCUGAUGAGCUACCGACGAAACCCAACACAGGACGCCACGAUCUGGCCCUUGGUUUGUUGGUGCAGUAAGAUGGACAGGUCUCUCAAUAGCCAAAAAAGGAAGAACAAAAUAUUCUUAAACUUCCAAAUUCGAUUCUGAUUCGAUUCUGGUUCGAUUUUUGAGCGAACAACUCGAGAGAUCUGGACAUGGGGGUGCAUGCGAGAUGGGUAAACAUAACAUCAGAAGUGGAAAUUAAAAGCUAAAACACAAAUCUAUUUUUUAAGUAUGAUAUCCUUUUAAGGAACAAAAAUCAAACAACGCUUGCUGAAAUGGAAUAGUUCAACGUCUUAAAAACACGUUUUUUCUCAAAAGCAUGUUAUGUUUACUUCUGAAGUUUUGAGUUGUGUUCACUAGGAGAAAUACUCUUUUAUGACUUGUCUUUUUUGAUAUAAAGACCAGAGCUGUUUCAACAAGUGAGCACAGUACUGUGUUUUUUGAAAUAAAAAAAACAUUUAAAUAUAAAACAAAAAUUGCCAAGUUGUUUACACAGCUACCGCGACGCGAUAGAUUCGUUGAAUUUUAAAGUGCAAUUGUAGUACUAGAAUUUUGACUGUAAAAAAAAGGUGUACAUUAGAAAACGUAUAAAGAACAUCAUUUUAUAUGGGGUGUAGAGUGCAUGCCAGUUUAUUUCCUUAUUAUUUUUUAAUCAGCAGGUCUGUUCUAUUAUUAUUAAUAUUAUUACAAUUAAAAUUGAACUAAUUAACUAUUAUCAACUGGUAAUGAUUUACAAUAUUCUUUGCCUUUGUACCUUUGUAUUAAUUGUAUAAUUAUGUACUCUAAUUGAUUAUUGGUGAUGAGAUAUUAAUUUGGAAUUAAUAUCAUCUGUGAGAGGAGGAAUUUACAGCAACUGAAUAAAAUGACCACAGGCUGGUCAAAAUGAUAUGAAA